GGCGUUUUCAUGCGCGGAAAUUCGAACUUAAGCCGUACAACUGUGCGAACUCAUAUUAUAAGCGUUUCAGCUAGUCACGAAAAUGCUUCUAGGAAUUAUGUCACAUGGCUGUCGUUUUGGAAGGACACUAGAGCUUGUCAAAACGCUCUUCACUUUUCGCAGGCUAUCUAACGACAAUCAAAUGGCUGUGAGGGUACGGUUUGCCCCAAGCCCAACUGGAGAUAUGCAUCUCGGAGGGCUACGCACAGCCCUGUACAAUUUUCUCUUUGCACGUAAAACCGCAGGCCAGUUUAUCUUGCGCAUUGAAGAUACCGACCAGAGCAGGUUGGUCGAUGGGGCUCAAAAGAGGAUUGUUGAGACGCUGAGGUGGGCUGGUCUUCAUCCUGAUGAAGGUCCUGAUACAAUAGGGGGCCCAAAGGGACCCUAUGUGCAAUCACAACGGCUGCACUUUUACAAGGAAUUUUCGCGGAAGCUCAUUGAUAACGGUGCUGCGUACCGUUGUUUCUGUAGUGCACACCGGUUAGACCUCAUUCGUAAGGACGCCCAACGUAGGAGGGCGAUUCCGAAGUACGAUAAUAAGUGUCGCCACCUUACAGCGAAAGAAGGUGCUGAAUUAAUAGCUAAGGGCACACCACACGUAGUACGCUUCAAGUUGAAGCCUGGCCCGCUGACGUUCCGCGACGUUGUGUUUGGCUCAGUAACUUUGGAUACUUCAUACGAAGGUGACUUCAUUGUGCUCAAAAGUGACGGUUAUCCGACAUAUCAUUUGGCGAACGUCGUUGAUGAUUAUUUGAUGGAUAUUAGUCAUGUUCUUCGCGGGGUCGAGUGGCAGUUGUCUACUCCAAAGCACAUUCAAAUAUUCGAAGCGUUAGGUCUUUCGCCUCCUAAAUAUGCCCAUCUUCCCCUUAUGAUGAACCAAGACGGCACAAAACUUUCCAAAAGAAACCAUGGGUUCAUGUGCGACCAUGUAAAGGGUAAAUAUUUACCCGAAACCGUGAUCAACUUUAUGCUACUUAGCGGAGGUGGUCUAGGAAAAGCAACUGGAGAAUUUUACAGCAUCAGUGAUCUCAUUAAAAGGUUCAAUUUGGAACAUCUAAGCACAAGCUCAUGUAAAGUGGAUCUUUCCCGGUUGGACGAUAUGAAUCGUCGUGCUAUUGGGGCCUUGCGAGAAUCCUUGGAAGAGAAAGCUUUCGCAUUGGUAAGAACUCGCUUUCCCGAAGUUGAGAAGGAGUACUUCAAGAAAGUGUACUACGCAAAUGUGGCGAGAUUAACUUUGUUAGAUGAUUUGUUAUCCAUAAACUUGGAUUUUCUCUGGAGAGAUCUACCCAACGAAAAACUCGUACCAAGCAAUUUGCGGGCUUCGUUUACACACCUUCGUCACGUCCUUCAAGGCAGCACUUUCCAGACUCAAGAUUUAAGCAGCCUUCUUAAAGGAUUUCACAAAGAUAACGUGAAGGAUGCCAGCUAUAAGGAAUUUAUGGAAACAUUACGUAUUUUACUUAGCGGUUUAAAGAUUAACGCCAUCGGCGUAUUUGAAUGAUACAAUAGCACAUGGACUUCCUACUAGCCUCAUAGAAUCCUAGCUGUGUAAAUAAAAAUUCAACUGGCAUUCUUCUAUGCAAGAUAAGAAAAUGAAAAUAAACUUAUGUCAGUUUCCCUGGCAUGUUUCUGUUGUCACAC